UUUUCAGCAGAGCUUUGAUUGACACGGGCUCUGGGUCUGUUGGCAGCGCCUCCCCCUGUUUUAUAUAUAUAUAUAUUAGUUAUUGUUUUUAAUAGUUUGAGUUUGGGCAGGGUAGGAGGACGGGGUUGGAGGUAAAGGGCGAGGAGCGACAUGACAUGGAGGAGCCUGACCCUGCCAUCUCCCCUGCGGUGCAUCGGGACCUGCAGGCAGAUCUGAAGGUCUCGCCGGCUACUUGCUCUGGCCACUCCUUGCAACUUUCCUUGGGCACCAGCAGCGCCAGUAGCAACACCGGCAGCGGCUGCAAAAUCCAUCGGAGCUGCAGCACCAUCGCUUGCAAUAACAUUCGGGGCACCAGCAGUAGCUGCAACACCAGCAACGGUAACAACAGUAACAAGAACUGCAGCCCGGCCGCUUGCAACACCGGCUGUUGCAAUGGCAGCCUCAAAGGCGACACCGGCAAAACCUGCAACAGCAGCGGCUGCAAGGCAAGCUGUAACUCCGAGUCUGGGGACGAGAGGAAAGUUUGCGAGCUGUCCCGGCAGGCGGACGCCUCGAACCCCGAGAAGGAGGUGCUGGUCAGCGCCGUCAGCCGCCAGAGCAACGAGCUGAGGUUGAACCGGCGCCGCACCAAGUCGCUGCCCUGCCUGCACGACCCCUCCGACUUCUUCAGCGAAUUCAACGGGGGGCUGCGCAAGAAAGUGAAGUUCGCCGACUCGCUGGGGCUCAGCCUGGCCAGCGUCAAGCACUUCCGAGCCAGCGACGAGCCUUACAUCCCAUCCAAGGUCUUCCUGCGGCUCCAGAGCUUUCCGGCCAUCGUGGACGACCUGAACGAGAAGUUCAAGGCGCUCGGCAUUCACUGCUUGAGACCCGCCUUCUCCAUGCCUUGCGAGGCCAGCGACUUCAUGCAGAGAGCUGAGAGGAACCGUGUCUGCCUGGAGAAUGUUACUGUCAGACACUUUGACGUGCACGGGUUGAUCAGGGUUUUGAAUGUCUCUUAUGUCAAGGAGGUGAUUGUCCGCUAUACAUUCAACAAUUGGCUCUCCAGCAUGGACACGCCUGCCAAAUAUGUGGAAGGGUCGAGCCACUCAGGUACUGACCAGUUCUCGUUCGACCUGUCCAUCCCCCCUUUCUUGGACCAGGGCUCUUUUGUCUACUUCGCCAUCUGCUACAGGACGGACAGCGAGGAGUACUGGGACAAUAACUUCGACAAGAAUUAUUCUCUGCAGUGUGAAUCCACGUCAGAUGAACACGCCAACAGUUAGGAUCUUCUUGAAACGCACUCAUUUGCAUAUGUCCUCUAUUAAAGAGGUGCCAUCUCUCCUUAAGUUUCAAGACAAGCCGCGGGUUUAACAAAAAGCACGAGGCGUCAAACUUGCCCAACGAAGUGUAUUAUUAUAUGUUCCAGACUUACGAUAGAGUUUGAGGUAUGCUAUUGACAGUACAAUUAUUGAAGAAAAUUAAAGAGGCAAUGGCAUCACAAAUAUCUGCUUAACGAUCAAAGAUUCCACUGUGCACCAUACAAGUGGCCAAACUGACAAUGUAAAUGUCAAUAUACAGACCUGUUAAUGCGAUAACUUGGGACUUUUUGAAGCAUGAAAGCUUGUUUAAACUGGAAUCCCUUUUGCCUAUCCUCCAACUUUCUGAUGUUACCUUUGUCUUUUAGGAUUAAUUUAAGAGAGACUACAGCAUUCUUCAUCCAGGAGCUGGGAUACAGAAUCUGCUCUCAGUUCUAUUCAAAGCCACUCUCAUCAGCUGCUAGUUGUUUUUAGAGAGCAGGCUGGUUUCAUAUGAGACCACUGUGGGGGGCACGGUGGCACAGUGGUUAGCAUUGCUGCUGCCGGAGACCCGGGUUCAAUUCCCACCUCAGGCAACUGUCUGUGUGGAGUUUGCAC